AGAUUCGUGUUUUAAACAGCCACCAAAGGGGGACUGGUCAUUUCUGUUUUCGCCGCAGGACCUCAAACAGACAAUUGUACAACGUGUGUCAGAAGUCGCCAACUGCUCUUUGCACGAAAUAAACCAAAACAAUAAUGAAUCAUCCAUUCGUGCCGAUGACUUCCUGAUAACAUUCCUAAAAAUGCUCUAUGCGUGUUGGUAUGUGCUAGAAGAUGGCGGAGUCGGACGGUGGCGAUUUUGCUCCGAACCAGUCGGAGAACAGUAUGGCUAACAAGAAUAGUACCCUGCGCUGUACUUUCUCCGCCCCGAGCCAUAGUGCCACUCUCCUCCAGGGCUUGUCGGUUUUGCGGGCUCAGGGUCAGCUCCUGGAUGUCGUGCUGGCUGUCAAUGAAGAGCACUUCCAGGUCCAUAAAGCAGUGCUGGCCGCCUGUAGUGAUUACUUCAGAGCUAUGUUUACAGGAGGCAUGAGGGAGUCAAACCAAGACACCAUUGAGCUGAAGGGUUUGUCAGCCCGAGGGCUGAAACAUAUCAUCGACUUUGCCUACAGUUCAGAUGUAACUUUAGACCUGGACUGUAUUCAGGAUGUUCUGGGGGCUGCUGUGUUUCUCCAGAUGGUUCCCGUAGUGGAGCUUUGUGAGGAAUUUCUUAAGUCUGCAAUGAGUGUCGAGACCUGCCUUCACAUUGGGCAGAUGGCCACCACGUUCAGCUUGUCUUCCCUCAAAGAGUCCGUGGAUGCCUUCACCUUUUGUCACUUCCUCCAGAUUGCUGAAGAAGAGGACUUUCUUCACAUUCCUAUGGAGCGCCUCAUCUUCUUCCUGCAAAGCAACAAGCUGAAGAACUGCAAGGAGAUCGACCUCUUCCACGCUGCCAUAAGGUGGCUCCAGCAUGAUGAGUCCCGUCGGGCUCAGGCGAGCAGCGUCCUCUGUCACGUGCGGUUUCCACUCAUGCUCUCCUCAGAGUUGGUAGACAGUGUUCAGACGGUGGACAUCAUGGUGGAGGAUGUGCUAUGCCGCCAGUAUCUCCUUGAGGCUUUCAAUUACCAGAUCCUUCCCUUCCGACAGCAUGAAAUGCAGUCCUCACGGACGCUCAUCCGCUCUGACGUGUUGUCCCUCAUCACCUUUGGUGGGACCCCCUACACUGACAACGACCGCACAGUGAGCACCAAGUCUUACUACCUUCCUGAUGCUGCUUCCCGUCAGUUCAAAGAGCUGACAGAAAUGGAGACAGGGUGCAGCCAUUCCUGUGUCGCAGUGCUUGACAACUUUGUGUACAUUGUCGGUGGGCAGCACUUACAAUACCGCAGUGGGGAGGGGGCUGUGGACAACUGUUUCCGCUACGACCCGCAUCUUAACCAGUGGCUACGCAUCCAAUCCAUGCAGGAGGCUCGCAUCCAGUUUCAACUCAAUGUCCUGCAGGGACAACUAUACGCAACUGGAGGCCGUAAUCGAUCCGGGAGUCUGUCUUCCAUGGAGUGUUAUUGCCCAAAAAAGAACGAGUGGUCUUAUGUGGAACCGUUGAAACGCAGAAUUUGGGGCCAUGCUGGGACUUCGUGCAGAGAAAAGUUGUACAUUUCAGGAGGUUACGGGGUCUCGUUGGACGACAAGAAAACGCUCCACUGCUAUGAUCCAAUAUCAGACCAGUGGGACUUCAAAGCCCCCAUGAAUGAACCCAGAGUGCUGCACGCCAUGAUCAGCACCCAACAACGUGUUUACGCUCUGGGUGGCCGCAUGGACCAUGUGGACCGCUGUUUCGAUGUGCUGGCGGUUGAAUAUUACAGUCCAGAAAGUGACCAGUGGACGACUGUCAGUCCCAUGAGAGCAGGGCAGUCCGAGGCGGGCUGCUGCCUUCUGGAUGCUAAGGUCUACAUCAUAGGGGGCUAUAACUGGCACCUGAACAAUGUCACAAGCAUCGUUCAAGUCUACAACACCGAGACGGAUGAGUGGGAAAGGGAUCUGCACUUUCCAGAAUCAUUUGCUGGCAUCGCAAGUACGCCGAUUAUACUUCCUCAGAACACCACACAACACUGAGCUCCUGACCUGAAACUGUGAAGACUAUUGUUCUGUGUGACCUUCUACUGCCCAAUGGAUUAAAUGAAGGUGUGAACGUCUUGCUUACAUAUUGAUGAAGGUUUGUUUUUUAGUUUUUUAGACUUCAGUUGACAUAAACGUGACUUUUUUAAUAUAGUAUAGCAUAUUUAAGAAACUUUCUUUAAGUUUUAGGAAUCAUAGCUAUGACUUCUGAUGAGCAGGUUUCAUUGAAGAGGCAAGGUUUUUGAUAACUUAAUAAUCAGAGUAAAUGCAGGUCUGAAAAUGUAUUAAUCCAAUCAUAAUUAUUGCAGUGAAGACUAUUGUUCUGUGUGACCUUCUACUGCCCAAUGGAUUAAAUGAAGGUGUGAACGUCUUGCUUACAUAUUGAUGAAGGUUUGUUUUUUAGUUUUUUAGACUUCAGUUGACAUAAACGUGACUUUUUUAAUAUAGUAUAGCAUAUUUAAGAAACUUUCUUUAAGUUUUAGGAAUCAUAGCUAUGACUUCUGAUGAGCAGGUUUCAUUGAAGAGGCAAGGUUUUUGAUAACUUAAUAAUCAGAGUAAAUGCAGGUCUGAAAAUGUAUUAAUCCAAUCAUAAUUAUUGCAGACAUCCUACAGAAAAGGCUAGACUGUGAUUACCCUGGUCUAGUUAAUCAUGGAAAAGAUGACAAAAUCUUUCCAGCCUUUAUUUUUUAUUCCUUUGUCAAAUGUUUUAUGUCUUUCCCUCUGUAUUUUGUUUCUAUUUUGUGUCCUCCCAUUUUUCCUUAUUUCUGUCCACAUUUUCCUCCUUUCUUUCUCCCUCCCUUAUGUCCAUUUCUUUUUUGUGUGCUUCUUUGCCUUCUUUGUUCCUUGUUUACUUACUCCCUCAAGUCACUUCUUUUUUCUUCUCCUCUUCCUUGCACCCUUCCUUCCUUGUCCUGUGUCCUUUCUUCUUUUCCUUUUUUAGUUCUACCUUCCUUAGUUAUGAUUUUCCUCCUUUCCUUUCUCGUGUUCUACAUUUGUUCAUUACGUGUGUGCUUCCUUCCAUGCUUCUCUUCCUCCUUGUCUACUUCCCAUUCUGCACCCAUUCAUUCCUUGUAUUCUUCCUUUUGUACUUUGAGGCAUUCAUUAUUCCCAUCCUUUCUUGUCUUUCCUCCAUUUUCCUUCCUUUUUUGUGUUGUUUUUAGUCCUUGUCUCUUUUCUCCCUUUCAAUUGUUGUCCACCCUCUUUUUGUUCUGUUCAUUUCUAUAUUGUGUAUUUUCUGUUCUGUCAUUUCAUUCCUUAUGUUCUAUCGUUAGGGCUGCACAGUGGCGCAGUUUUUAGCACUGUUGCCUUGCAGUAAGAUGGCCUGUGCAUGCGUGGGUUCUC